AUGAAAGAUCAAGGUGGUGGAUUUAACAAUACUUUCUAUGGUCACGAAAAUGAUGUACUUAAUGUUUCCAGCGUAACAGGAAAAACUCUUACAGUUGCUGCAUGUUUCUUUGGUAUUAAUAGUGCCAUUCCUGAACGUGGUGGAUCGACAGUUUCGGCAAAUUGUCUCUCUACGAAUGUUUCAUCUACAUGUCUUACACUAUCUGCAUUUAAUCGUGCAAAAGAACUAGUUAGUAAUUUGAAUAUAUUACCUUCAUUAAAGAAAUGCAAUGCUUGUGAACUUAAUGGUUUAAGUAAAAAUAUAUUUGAUAGUAUUAGAUUCAACAUUAAUUCGGAUACUUAUUCGGGAACGGAUGCAGAUUCUCCAUCAGAUUCUGAAUCUGAUUAUGAUGAUGAAACAAUGAAAAGUAAUGAAUUUAAUAGUGAUCUAAUCAAUGUAGAUGAAGAAGAUAAAGAUGCGGCAACGACACAAAGUUUUGAUGAAAUUAAAACUGAGAAAAUAAAUUUUACUGGUAUGCGUAUAUUUGAUUCGAUCAAUCCAGCAAUGAAAAACUCCUAUUUUCAAGUGCAAAUAAAUAACAAGACUAAAUUUAUACACAAGCAAACGGCUUGUUGGUUAUUAACUGACAAAACUAGCCGUUUAUCGGCUGAUAGAUUAUCACGAGUGAUAGAAACAAACAAAAAGGAUUAA